AUGCCAAGUCAACAAGAUUCAGCUACCGUUCGAGCUGUAUGUGUUCUUAAAGGUGGUGAAAAUAAUACUAUUCAAGGAGUAAUUCAUUUUGCUCAAAUGAUUGGCAUGAAUCAAAUGAAAAUAACAGGUGAAAUACAAGGUUUACCGAUUGAUCGUAAAUUUACUAUACAUGUACAUGAAUUUGGUGAUUUAACAAAUGGUCCUAUAUCAACUGGUAGUCGUUUUAAUACAGACAAACAAGUUCCAAGUUCAUCAAAAGGUCAAACAUCCUAUGUUGGUGAUGAGUUUGGUAAUUUACAAGUGAAUCAAGAAGGUCAAGCUAAAAUUGAUGUUAUUGAUAAACGGUUAACUUUAUUUGGUCCAUCGUCUAUUAUUGGUCGGUCAGUAGUAAUUAUUGAUGAAAAAGAAGAAGAGUUAGCACGAGUUGAAACUGAAGAAAAUAAAGGAACAACUACAGUUGGUACUAAUCGACUUGCUGCUGGUGUUAUUGCUGCUACUCCCAAUCGUGCUUAUGAUGAUGAUCGAACAAUGCAUCAAAUUGUUGAACGUGCACUUCAUGAAAUUACUCAAUUAAGUCCUCCAAAGCAAGCUGCUGUCGGUGGUCUUUCGGGCAUUGCAGCGGGAUAUUGUUUUGCAAAAGCUAGUAAAAUGGUAGCAUUUACUAUUGGUGCAUCUAUUAUUGGGUUAGCUCUUGCUAAUCAAUCUGGUUAUAUUGAUAUUCAUUUUGAUCGAGUUCGUGAUACAGCACAACAACAAUUAAAUAAUGUUCAACGUGUAGCGAGAUCGAAUCUUUCACCACUAACAAAUAAUAUAGAUGGAGAAGAGAUUGAAACAUUUAUUGAUCAAUCAUCAAACAGUAUAACUGAUUCAUUAAAAAAAUUUGCUUUUGCAAAUUUAGCUAUAACAUCUUCAUUUAUCGGUGGUUUUCUUCUUGGUAUCGCUUUUGAAUAA